AUGAAAGUUUUAAGUAAUUUAAUUUUAAAAAAUAUAUUUUUAUAUUUAUUAAAUAAAAAUAAAUUUAAACAAGUUUUAGAAUAUAGUUUAAUUUCAAAGGCAUGUUUUUCAAUAAUACAAAAUCUUUUAACAUUUGAUAAUGAUUGUAUAAUGGUUAAGAUGACUUUUAAUUCAAUAAAAAGUUAUAUUGAAAAUUCAAAACUUUCAAUCAAUAGACCUACACAAAUAUUAAACCAAUUAAUGAAAAGAAAAUUAUUACAAUUUAAAGAAAUUGAACAACUUGUAAUAUUUUAUGAUAAUAAUAAUAAUAAGAAUAACAAUAAUGAAAAUAAUGAUAGUAAUAAUGAUAAAGAAUUAAAAAGAUCUGAAUAUAAUUAUUUAAUUAAUAAUUUUAAAAAUUUAAAAAGAAUUUAUUCAGAAUCAUCAAAAUUUGCUUAUUUCCCAUCUUAUCAAUAUUAUAAUGAUUUAGUUGAUUAUAAUAAAAUUUGUAAAAUCUAUAUUAAAAAGUUAUACAUUAAUUGGUUUUAUUUCGGACCAAUUUCAAGUUCACAAGAACAUCAAUUAUAUUCAAACUCACCUUAUGAAGAAUCUAUAUACUUUAAAUUUUCAUUUGAAUUUCUAUCACAUUAUAAUCCAAAGAAAUUAAUAAUCAGUACACCAAAUCAUCAAAUUCAAAAUAAUUUCUAUAAUUUAGAUAAUAUUUUAAAUUGUAAAUCAAUUAAAUCAAUUUAUUUUAAAAAUAUUGAAACACCAAAUUCAUUAAUAAAAAAAGUAUUCUCUGAAACAAAUAUAAAAUCAUUUAAAAUCAUUUUAGAUAAUAAUAAUAAUAAUCAAAAUAAUGAUAAUGAUAAUGAUAAUAAUGGUUUUAUAUUAAAUAGAAUUGAAAAUAAUAAUUUUAAAUUAAAGAAAUUGGUAAUUAAAAAUUUUAAUUUUUAUAAUAAUAAUAAUUCAAAAAAGGAGGAGGGGGAUAUAAAUGAACAAAAUAAAUUUUUAAAUGAAAUUUGUUUAAAAAAUUAUAAUUUAAAAUAUAUUGGAUUAGAAUUUUUUGUAAUUAAAGAAUCAAAUCAAUUAAAUCAACUUUUUAAUUUAAAAUUUUUAAAUACAAUCUCUUGUAGUAAUGAUAGUUUUAUUGCUGUAAUUCAACAUUGUAAUGAAAAUAAAAAUAUUAAAACAUUAAAAUAUCAUAAUAAAGUUUUAGUUCAAUUAAUUCCAGAAGAUUUUAAAAUAUUUGAUAGUUUUUUUAAAUCUAAUAAAACUCUAGAAGAUUUUAGAAUAUUUUAUUACUAUCCACAUUUAGAAAGAAGUUUUUUAAAAGUUAAAAAAAUAUUAUCAGAUAGUAAAAAUAAAACAAUUAAAAAUUUUGAAAUAAAAGAAGUUACAAAAAAAUAA